AUGGGGCUCUCGGGCGCGGCGAUCUCCGCGCCGCUCGGAUGCCGCGGGCUGCCGCGCAGCGCGUUCGGCGGAGGCGGCAAGGCGCGGGGGGCGGAGGCGGAGAGGUGGCGGCGGGCGGGCGCGGGACGGCGCUCGGGCGGGGCGAAGGUGAGGUGCGUGGCGACCGAGAAGCACGACGAGACGGCGGCGGCGGUCGGCGUGGAGUUCGCGGACGAGGAGGACUACCGCAAGGGCGGCGGCGGCGAGAUGCUCUACGUGCAAAUGCAGGCCACCAAGCCCAUGGAAAGCCAGUCCAAGAUCGCCUCCAAGCUGCUGCCCAUAUCCGAUGAAGAUUCAGUACUCGAUUUGGUUAUCAUUGGCUGUGGUCCUGCCGGUCUUUCUCUAGCUUCAGAGUCAGCCAAGAAAGGGCUCACUGUUGGUCUUAUUGGCCCUGACCUUCCAUUCACGAACAACUAUGGUGUGUGGGAGGAUGAAUUCAAAGAUCUUGGUCUAGAGAGCUGUAUCGAGCAUGUCUGGAAGGAUACUAUUGUCUACCUAGACAAUAACAAACCAAUACUGAUUGGCCGUUCUUAUGGCAGGGUGCACCGUGACCUGCUGCAUGAGGAGUUGCUGAGAAGAUGUUAUGAAGCUGGCGUUACAUACCUCAACUCAAAAGUGGACAAGAUCAUUGAAUCUCCAGAUGGUCAUAGAGUAGUCUGUUGUGAAAGGGGCCGUGAGAUACUCUGCAGGCUUGCCAUUGUUGCUUCGGGGGCAGCAUCUGGUAGGCUUCUGGAGUACGAGGUUGGAGGUCCCCCUGUCUGUGUACAGACUGCAUAUGGAGUAGAAGUUGAGGUGGAAAACAAUCCAUAUGAUCCCAGCUUAAUGGUUUUCAUGGACUACAGAGAUUGUUUCCAAGAGAAAUUCUCACACUCUGAACAAGAAAAUCCAACUUUCCUGUAUGCUAUGCCUAUGUCGUCCACGCGAGUUUUCUUUGAGGAAACAUGUUUAGCCUCUAAAGAUGCGGUGCCCUUUGAUGUACUUAAGAAGAGAUUAAUGUAUCGAUUGGAUGCGAUGGGAGUUCGAAUCCUUAAAGUUCACGAGGAGGAAUGGUCCUACAUUCCUGUUGGAGGGUCCUUACCGAAUACAGAUCAGAAAAAUCUUGCAUUUGGUGCUGCAGCAAGUAUGGUGCAUCCUGCAACUGGGUACUCAGUGGUCAGAUCUUUAUCUGAGGCUCCAAGAUAUGCCUCUGUAAUAUCCAAUAUCUUAAGGAACCGAGUUCCUGCACAAUAUUUGCCAGGAAAUUCUCAAAAUUACAGCCCAUCAAUGCUCGCAUGGAGAACACUAUGGCCCCAAGAAAGGAAACGUCAACGAUCCUUCUUCCUUUUCGGAUUGGCAUUGAUAAUCCAACUGAAUAAUGAAGGCAUACAAACAUUCUUCGAAGCCUUUUUCAGGGUGCCGAAAUGGAUGUGGCAAGGGUUCUUGGGCUCAACCCUUUCAUCGGUGGACCUAAUACUGUUUUCAUUCUACAUGUUUGCCAUAGCUCCGAAUCAGUUGCGAAUGAACCUCGUCAGACAUCUCCUCUCUGACCCGACAGGCUCAACAAUGAUCAAGACCUACCUGACCUUGUAAAACCAUGUCACCAGUCUGAAAGAACUCUAGAAACUGUACAGUUUUGUAGUUGUACAUAACUUAGAGGGGGAUCUGAGGGUUACUUUUUUUUUUUGCUGUUUGACAGCGGGUGGGUCUCGGGUCACUGCUCUGUUUGUUUGCUAUAGUGAUGGGAUAGGGAAGUUGUGCAUCCUGGACGAGCAAGUAGAGAGAUCAGCUAAUGGUCAUGGUUCCUGCAUUGGCCAUUUUUAGGUCUCCGGCU